AUGAGAGUGGAAUGGAUAAUAAUUUUUAAUAUCUCUUUGAAUUCGAUACUUUGUUGGGGAUGGUCCCUCAAAGAUAACUUUAUAAAACCGAUCUUUGAAAAUCAAGAUAAAGUGUGUACUAUGAAAUAUCAAGAUAAUGAACCUGACUAUGAAGCUCUAUUUGAAACUAUUACAGGAUUUGAUUUACCCUAUUUAUUUAAAGAUUUGGGUAACAAACCGUAUUCAGGUUUCAAAUUGCAAAGAGUGUUCACUUUGAAUCUGUUUCGAUUGAGGUUUGAUAAAAUAUUUAGAGUGACAUAUUGUGAUCAUGGCAAAGCUCAAUGGGUAUAUGAUCAGCCAUUAUAUGAAGAUAUUGAAUGGGAUUCUCCGAUUUGUGUUUAUAUACCUCAUGCAUUUGAAGCGGCUCAUAAGCCAAAGAGAAAAAUCUGGCAAAAGAAAAAAAAUGAACCACUUGAUAAAAUAUAUAUGAAAACACAUUUGAAGGAUAUUGCUUCAGAAGAUUUAAAAAAUUUCCAUUGCUUUAAAUUGGCAAGAAGAAACAAAUAUACUAAUAGGAAAUAUUCUUUAUUUUUCCCAGGAAGUUGGAUUGGUGGGCUGUUUUAUUGUGAUUUAGAAGAAGAUACUAAAAUGGAGAUUUUAGAUAAUAUGAACAACAACUUAGUACCACUAAAUUCAUUAGGAUUUGUUGAUUGUGAUAACUCUAAUUCUCUUCCAUUACUCCCUAUUAUAUCAGAUGAUUAUGGAAAAAAUUGGGUUGAAAUUCAAACCAAAUUUGUUAAAACAAAACUUGGCAGAAGCCCUUAUUUACAAUUUACUAAAUAUAUUCCAUAUAUUUUAACACCAAAUUCUCCAAAUGGUGCAUUGAAUUUUAAGUUGUCUAAUAUUAAAGGUAGUAAAUACCUCACUAAUACUUGGCACAAACCGUUUAGAGAACAAGUGUCAGACAUGCUACAAAGUGGGAAAAAUCAAGAAAAUUCUGAAGCCUCUUGGUAUAAUGAAAUUGAUGUUCAAGAAGAUUACAACAUUGAUCCAAGAGAUGAGCGUCUGUUAUCGUAUCUUACAAAAGAAACAAUCACAAAAUUUUUAGAACUUAUAAAUUUUACGAAUCGUACAAUUAAAAGCUUUUUCGUUCCAAUAACUUUAACAAACGUUGAAUUUAAAGAUGAAAAGAAAGAAGCUCAAGCUUUUAUUAAAAAGUUCGUUAAUAGAGUUGAAAUUGAACUUUGGAAGAAUCUAUCUAUUAUAGAGAAAUACAUUACGAUAAUUUCAAAAUAUAGAAAUGAACUUAAACCAGUUGAACAGAAAUGGAAAAAUUUAACAUUGUCAACGGAACACUUUGAUUAUUUGUUAGUUGAUCCUUAA